AUCUUCCACCACCUUCAACAAGAGAGAGACCACCAGGAUGCAAAACUGUGUUUGUUGGAGGAUUACCAGAAAAUGCUACAGAGGAAAUUAUUCAGGAAGUCUUUGAACAGUGUGGUGACAUCACAGCAAUUCGAAAAAGCAAGAAGAAUUUUUGUCACAUUCGUUUUGCAGAAGAGUUCAUGGUUGAUAAAGCCAUUUACCUUUCUGGUUAUCGCAUGAGAUUAGGAUCUAGCACAGAUAAGAAGGAUUCAGGUCGCCUUCAUGUUGAUUUUGCGCAGGCGAGAGAUGACUUUUAUGAAUGGGAGUGUAAGCAAAGAAUGUUGGCUAGAGAAGAGCGUCACAGGCGCAAAAUGGAAGAAGAUCGAAUCCGCCCUCCUUCUCCUCCAGUGAUAAUGCAUUAUUCGGAGCAUGAAGCAUCUUUGCUGGCUGAAAAAUUGAAAGAUGACAGCAAAUUUUCAGAGGCCAUAGUAGUGUUACUUACCUGGAUAGAACGAGGAGAGGUGAACCGUCGCACAUCCAACCAGUUCUAUUCAAUGGUGCAAUCCGCCAACAGCCACGUCCGCCGACUCAUGAAUGAAAAAGCAACUCAUGAACAAGAGAUGGAGCAAGCCAAGGAAAAUUUUAAGCAUGCCUUAACAGGGAUACUCACUCAAU